UUCAUCGUCACAAUUGCUUUUGCAGCCACGAUUCCCUGGGAUUCGUACCUGAUCAGAACCGGCAUCUGGACGUAUCCCCCAAACGCGGUAUUGGGACCGACCCUCUAUGAUAUCCCGAUUGAGGAGCUAUUCUUCUUCGUCAUACAAACCUACAUCACCGCUCAACUCUACAUCAUCCUCAACAAGCCUGUGCUUCAUGCUCAGUACCUGAACUCCCCCGCCACGCUCCCGAAAUGGAUAAAAACGGCGAAGCCUCUCGGCCAGCUAGCGCUCUUCAGCAGCGUGGUCUUGGGUGCAUGGCUGAUCGCCAAGGAGGGUGGAGGCACCUACCUGGGCCUGAUUUUGGUGUGGGCAUGCUCCUUUGCGCUCCUCACCUGGACUAUCACGGCGCAAUUCAUUUUGGCCCUGCCGUUGGCUUGCACAGCUCUACCCAUCUUACUGCCUACCAUCUAUCUAUGGGUCGUCGACGAGAUGGCCUUGGGUCGCGGCACCUGGGCCAUUGAAAGUGGCACAAAACUCGAACUAAAGCUCUUUGGCAGCCUCGAAAUCGAAGAAGCGACCUUCUUCCUUGUCACCAACAUGCUCAUUGUCUUUGGCGUGGCAGCCUUUGACAAGGCUGUCGCCGUCUGCGAUGCAUUCCCAGACAAGUUCGACAAGCCGGCUGACGCCUUGUCCAUGUCACUGCUACGAGCUCGUGUUUUCCCCUCAUCUCAGUACAACAUGGAGCGCAUCUUGGGCAUCCGCCAGGCGGUCACCAGACUGGCCAGAAAAAGUCGUAGCUUCCAUCUCGCCAGCUCCGUCUUCCCAGGCCGCCUACGGAUCGACCUGACGCUGCUCUACUCCUACUGCCGUCUAGCCGACGAUCUCGUCGACGAUGCCGAGACCCCUGACGAGGCCGCCUCCUGGAUCUCCAAACUCGACCGCCAUCUGAGCAUGCUCUACAAGGACCCCGACGCGACCUCGGCGCCGCUUGCCGCAAAGUACGCUGCCGAAAACUUCCCAGAAUCCGCUCUUUCGGCUCUGGACCUCCUCCCCUCAUCGCUCAUACCCCGCGAACCCCUCGCCGAGCUCCUCAAGGGGUUCGAGAUGGACCUCUCCUUCAGCAAAGAUGCCUUCCCAAUCACGGACCCCGAGGAUCUCGAGCUCUACGCUGCGCGCGUUGCUAGCACCGUCGGACAGGCCUGUCUCGAGCUGGUCUUCCGCCACUGCCAGCACAACCUGCCCGACUACAUGCAAGCCUACCUCCGCAACACAGCGCGCCAGAUGGGCCUUGCGCUGCAGUUCGUCAACAUUGCGCGCGACAUCGCCGUAGACGCCAAGAUUGGCCGCGUCUAUCUGCCCACGUCCUGGCUCAAGGAGGAGGGCCUGACGCCCAAGGAUGUCCUCGUGAAUCCCAAUAGCGAAGGCGCCGGCAAUGUGCGGCGUCGCAUCCUCGCAAAGGCCUUUGACCAUUAUGGCGAGGCGAGGGACUCUAUGAAGUGGAUUCCUUCGGAAGCGCGCGGCCCCAUGGUCGUCGCCGUGGAGAGCUAUAUGGAAAUUGGCCGGGUCCUUAUGCGCAACGGCGGCGCUGCGGCGGACGGGAGCGGGCGGGCGACAGUGCCCAAGUCGCGCCGCAUCUGGGUGGCCUGGAGCACGCUGAUGGCCGCGUAG